AAGAAGCACUAAAAAUCAGCGCCUGCGCCGGGAAGUAAAUUUAAAUUAAUUUGACGCAAAACGGAACUUCCCGCGUCGCUUUUCGUAGCGCUAUGAAUACGCCCGGAAUGAGUCUGUUCCAGGGCGCUGAUACCCUCAAUGUGAACUCCACGCUUGACCGCCAGGAGGAGGAAGAGGCGAUACAGGAUCAGAAGCGACGCGAUGAGGAGCUGGGGCACCUGCUGGAGAACGCCUUCGACGACCUGGAUGAUGAGGAGAACACAAUCGACUCGACGACGAAUUCCCACUCAGAAUUGGCGCCACCCCGUCAACCGCUGGCAGCUCUGAAUAAUUUUUCGCCACACUCACACACUCCUGUGCUCCAGGACAACCAGCAGCAACUCCAGCAGCAGCAGCAUCAUGCAAACGAGAUGCACCGCAUGAAGAUGAUGGUCGAAUCCAAGAGCAAAGAAUUGGAAAACGUCAAUCAACUGGCCACUACUGCUCACAAGCAACUCGAUGAGUUCCAGAAACGACUGACCAUCAUGAAGGCGGAACUGGACCGGGCGCUGCGUGAAAAGCAAAACACGCACGAGUUGCUCGUAGAGACCAAGGAGCGGUGUUCAAACCAGGAGAGUGGUCUAGAGAAGUUGCGCGCCGAGAAGAAACAACUCGAAGAGGACAACACGCGACUGGUGGGCCAGUUGGAGAUCACGAGAACCAUGUUAUCGGAUGUCCAGCGCAAAUACGACAUGGUGCAGCGGGACACACACAAGCGCGAGGAGCGCAACGCCGAGUUGCGGGUGCGGCAAAUUGAGGAUACGCACCGCGCUCAGUGCGAACUCCUGCAGCAACAGCUCAGUCAACUGGCCGAUCAGCUCGAUCGCAAGAAGAUCGAUUUGGAGCAGAUGCACUCGCGCUAUAAUGCUCUGCAAUCGGGCCAUGAAACCAUGUUGGCAGACAAGGCGUCCAAGAUCAAUGAACUGAGCCAGGCUCUAAAUGAAGCCCAAAUGCUGUGCAACCAAGCGACUAGCAGGGUCGAUCUGGAGGCGGAGAUCCAACGUCAGCAGCGGUGCAUUAUUGAUCAGAAGGCUCGCAUCGUGGAGCUUGAGAAAACGAUUGCUGUACUCAACGAGCGCGUUAACGGAACUACAGCGGAGCUGGACCUAAUGGACACUCUUCUGCAGCAGCAUCACGCCGAUGAGUCGCUAACGGGCGUGCUCAGUCAGGUGGGUGGGUCCCGGCUCAUUGGUAGCACGCCUAUGAACCCCGUGGAUAAGGUAAACCAUAUCAAACAGGAGCUGUACCGGGCGCUAGGCAAUCUCAAAAACAAGCGGGAGGAGGUGCGCCGGCUGGAGAAGCAGUUGGAGGAGCGCAACCAGGAGUUGCGCCUCCACCGCGACCAGGAAAAUAAGUCACUAGUGCAACUUGCUAACUUGAAGGAGGAGAAAAUGCGUCUGGAUAAUAAAGUGAAGGUCAUGCAGCAGGAGCUUGAGGAGCAGCAGCACCGCUCGCAGCAGGACUCGAGUGUAAAAAGCCAGCUGGAUGACCUGAUAAUGGAGAGGGAUUCUCUUAAGAAGGAACGCGAGCAAGUUGAUGAACAGCUCAAGAUCAUGGAGAAAGCUAUGGAUCAACUGAAGCAGAAUUACGAGAACCUCCAGAAGAACAACGAAGAGCUAACGAAGGAUAACAUGCAGCUCAAAACACGAACCACCGUUGAUGACGUGCGUCUGGAAUUGGAACGACACAAAAUCCUAUUGAAGGAUGCCCAGAGUGAGGUAGAGCGGCUCAAAAAACUGUAUACCGACAUUGUCACCGACAAGGAGUCACUGGAUUAUGAAUUGAGAAAAUUAAAGGAAGUUGACACUCUCAAGGAGCUCCAGGAGCAUCGCCAACAACUUGCUACGACCCAACGCAACUUACAGUUGGCGGAGCUUAAGUCGCAGGAGCUGAGUAAGCUACUAGAAACCGCCAAACUUGACCAUGAGCGAGAUCUCCAGGCACUGCGCCAGAAAAACGAGCAGGACAAGCGCGAAGAGGCGGCCAACAAGGAAAAACCCGCCAACUGCAGCAAAUGCCUAGAGAAUCUGGCAGAUAUUACAAAGGCUGAAAUCCGUAUGUUGAAGCUCCAAAAUGUUAACUCAAUGCAGGCCAAGGAACUUAAGGAAUUGGAGCAGGAGCUCGAACACGGCAAAGCACUUCAGCGCGAGAUGCAGGCGAAAGUUGAACAGUCGAAAAAGCAGGAAGAACUUAUUAAUGACUUAAAAGAGAAAGUUCUGCAGUUUGAGGCUUAUAUCGCACAGCAGGAGGAGGAUCAAAAGCAACAGCUGCAGCAGAGGACCAGCCCUAGUCCCAAGACGAAUUCAAACUCGUCUCCAAUUUCUGGCACUUCACCAGAGCUUACCCAGGAGAGAAUAAAGCGCAUCGAGCAGCGCGUGCGCGAUGAGAUGGCAAAACUGUUCGCUGCUGAGCUAAAAAAGUUCUCCAGCCGGCUGCAACACCUGGAGGAGCGAAAUCAGUGUCUUCAACGGGAGUAUCAAGCAGUGUGCACCGAGCUGCAGCAGCGGCAAACUGAGGUGGAUCUACUGAAACAAACCAUACUGGCCGAACGCGAGAAGAUGCAAGAGAUUCUAGUUGCUAAGGAUGAUAAGCAGAAAUCAAUUGUGCAAAACUGUAACCAGCAACUGGCGGCGAAAGAUGAACGCAUGGCGAAGUUAAUUCGCCAACUGGAGGAAAAUCAUGCCAGUAUCGAAUCCGAACGGCAGUCCAUGAAAACAGUCAUGGGACAGUGGGAGAAGCAACGCAUAAGCGUCGAUGAGGUGGAGAAACAAUGGCGGCAGCAGCUGGAAUCGUUGCGCGCCAACCACGAGGAGGCGAUGAAAGCCCUCCAGCAGCGCUACCAAAGUGCCAAGCGUACCGCUCACAAUUACAAGCUCUAUGCCGAAGACAAGGAAGCGCACAUGAAGCGCGAGUACGAGCGCAUAAAGCACGAGUAUGAUCUAUCUCUGGCCAAGAUCGAGGCGACCAUGAACCAGCACUUGGAGCGCCAGAGCCGCGAGCGGCUACGCGAGAAAGAGAACGAGCAGCCAAGCAAUAGCAUCACCACCAAUUCCAACAGAAAGUCAAAUGGAAACCCUAACAGCAAAGGCAAAGACAAAUGCAAUGGAACAAAUAAAAGCAAUGGAAACACUAAGGUCAUUUAGUAUUAUACAUAUGUCUCUCGUUUGCGGAAUUAUUUGUUAAUUGUUUGUUUUUACAUACAUACAUUCCUCACGA